GCGAUCCACUUCGUUCUGGCCUUCAACGACCUGACGUACAGCGUCGCCAAGCGUCCCCAGAAGAAGGCGACGGCCGCUGUUUCUCACGGUCACGUGCAUGGCGCGAGAAGAAACAUGCUGCUCGACGGCGUCUCUGGCUCCGCGCGGGAGGGGGAGAUCAUGGCCGUGCUCGGCGCGAGCGGCGCCGGCAAGAGCACGCUAAUCGACGCUCUCGCCGGCCGCAUCCAGCGUGGGAGCCUGCAGGGUGCGGUCACCCUCAACGGGGACGCCCUUGACAGCAGCCUGCUGAGGGUCAUCUCCUCGUACGUGAUGCAGGACGAUCUGCUCUACCCGAUGCUCACCGUCGCCGAGACGCUCAUGUACUCGGCCGAGUUCCGGCUGCCGCGGUCGCUCUCGGCGUCCAAGAAGAGGAGCCGCGUGGAGGUGCUCAUCGACCAGCUCGGCCUGCGCGCAGCGGCCAACACCAUCAUCGGCGACGAGGGCCACCGCGGCGUGUCCGGCGGCGAGCGCCGGCGCGUGUCCAUCGGCAUCGACAUCAUCCACGACCCCAUCAUCCUGUUCCUGGACGAGCCAACGUCGGGGCUUGAUUCCACAAGCGCCUUCAUGGUGGUGAAGGUGCUGCAGCGCAUCGCGCGGAGUGGAAGCGUGGUGAUCAUGUCCAUCCACCAACCAAGCUACCGCAUCCUGGGUCUCCUAGAUCGUCUACUAUUCCUCUCCAGUGGUAGGACGGUGUACUACGGCCCACCGGCCGCCUUGCCUCGCUUCUUCUCGGAGCUCGGCCAACCGAUCCCCGACGGUGAGAACCCAGCCGAGUUCGCGCUGGAUCACAUACGCGAGCUGGACGGAACCGAGGCCGGGAUCGAGGAGGUCGUCAAGUUAAACAAGUUGUGGCAAGAGAAGGCGCUGUCGGCAGCAAACAAGGAGCCGUCUCUGUCGCUCAAUGAGACCGUCAUCUUGAGCAUCGCCCGCGGCAAACUAGUGCCCGGCUCCGGCUCCGUCUCAGGCAGCAGCGCCACAUCCCAAGUUGCUACUUACGCGAACCCGUGGUGGGUGGAGCUGUCCGUGCUGGUGCGGCGAGGGUUCACCAACUCGCGGCGCACGCCGGAGCUAUUCCUCAUCCGGUUCGGUACGGUGGUGAUAACUGCUUUCAUCCUCGCCACCAUUUUCUGGCAGCUGGACAGCACACCCAAGGGCGUGAAAGAGCGGCUCAGCUUCUUCGCCAAUGCAAUGGGCACCACCUUCUUCACCAGCGCCGACGCGCUCCCCGUGUUCCUCUUCGAGCGCUACAUUUUCUACCGGGAGACGGCGCACAACGCGUACCGCCGCUCCUCCUACGUCCUGUCCAACGCCAUCCUCACCUUCCCGCCCCUCAUCUUCCUCUCCCUCGUGUUCGCGGCCAUCUCCUUCUUCGCCGUAGGGCUGGCCGGUGGCGCCGAGGGCUUCGUUUUCUACGUCCUCAUCGUGCUCGCUUCCUUGUGGGCGGGGAGCGGCUUCGUCACCUUCCUGUCCGGCGUGGUACCGAACAUGAUCAUCGGGUACACCGUGGUGGUGGCCGCGCUGUCCUACUUCCUGCUCUUGAGUGGCUUCUUCGUGAUCCGUGACCGCAUACCGGACUACUGGAUAUGGCUACACUACCUCUCCCUCAUCAAGUACCCCUACGAGGCGGUGAUGCUCAACGAGUUCAGCGCCGACCAUGAAAAGUGCUUCAUGAGAGGGUUGCAGAUGUUCGACGGGACGACCAUGGCAAAGCAGGCGGUGGCCACCCAAGUGGCUGUGCUCAACGCCAUCAGCCUGAACAUGCAGGUCGACCUCAACAUCACGUCAUGCAUUGCCAAGGGGGCUGACAUACUGGCGGAGCAGGCCGUGGGCCAGCUCAGCAAGUGGGCUUGCUUGUGGGCCACUGUCGCGUGGGGGUUCCUCUUUCGGGUGCUCUUCUACCUCACGCUCCACCUGCGGAACACUAACAAAAGGACGUGA